UCAUCACACUGCCUCAACCAUAAUGCCACGCCUCAAAAAUGCACUUACGCCGCAACCUAUCACCACCAACACUAUGCGCAGGACCAGUACUCUUAAGCGGUUCUUCAAGCCCAGGAAAUCCUCCGCCGCCGCAAGCUUGAAAAGUGAGGAUACCAUGGCGCACUCUUCCCCCGACAAGUCCCUUGCCACCUGGAUUCCGCCAAGUCGGGCUACUACCAACCGACAGAGUCAACGUAUGCGCAGAAGAGGAAUCGCAAGAUUCAGACAUAGGAUUUGCUCUUCCACACAAAGUAGCGAAUUCAGAGGCUGAACCAGCCCAAGGGUUCGAUUCAGAGACUCUUGAAGAGCGGAACUACAGCGCAGCUGAAAGCACACAAGUAAACGAGCCCGGAUCUGCUUGCAAUGACUCCGAAAAAAGCGAUACAGAAACAGUCAUACACUUUCCAUCUGAAAGGGAAAACACUCUUAUUCCAGACUCAACGAUUUCAGCCAAGGCACAGACAAGUCCAAAGACGGCAUUCGUUCUUGAUGACAACGCUUCAUCUUCUAGUGUGUCUACGAAAAUUUCGAAUACUCGUACCAGAAUCGGUCCAUUCGUACUUGGAGGCUCUACAACCUACUCUUCAUCACAUAAGGAUUUGACGAUUCCUUAUAUCAUCGCUUUAGUGGUCGCCGCUGUCAUCGGCCCGGGAACACUGCUCAUCGUCGCUUGGAGAAUUGGGGUCUUCUUGAUGAUCUAUGAUACGGCUCGCCAAUAUUGGAAAUGGGAGGAACAUAGAUCCAACGAUUUGCUAUUAGCGCCGGCUGAAAAAUGCUUAAGAGCCGGAAAAAAUUUCUUGGUCAACGCAAUUACUGCUUUCGUGCGCACAGUAUUGAAGAUAGUAGUUGAGGAACUGGAGAGUCAGAGGCAAGGGC